AGCCCUUUGGCGCUCACUGCUGUGUGUGUGUUUCCCAGCAAAUGUGUUAAUGUUCCAAUUAACCCUUUGGCCAAUCUUUCUUUCAAUCGCUGGGAAGAGAAAGUGUGUGUGGUGUGAUGUGCUUUGGUCUGGGAAUCUUCUCCAAAACGCUACGUCGAUAUUUAUUGAGCAGGUUGAUUAUUAUUGCCAGUGGUAAUGGGAGGGGAGAAGGGCAGGGAUUCCACAGCUGUGACCCCGGUUACACUCAAAGUGGACCCUCAGGGAUUGUUCCUGUACUGGACAGAUCAAAACAAGGACACAGACCUGCUGGAUAUCAGCCACAUUAAGGACAGCAGGACUGGAAAGUAUGCUCGCAUCCCCAAGGAUCUCAAGCUCCGUGAGCUGCUGGAUGUGGGCAAUCAAGGGAAUCGCCUGGAGGGGCGCAUGUUCACUGUGGUGUAUGGCCCCGACCUGGUCAACAUCUCCUUCCUUAACUUCGUGGCCUUCCAGGAGGAGAUAGCAAAGGAAUGGACAGAUGCACUGUUUGAUCUAGCAACAAACCUGUUGGCCCAGAAUUCAUCCAGAGAUCGAUUAUUUGACAAAGUGUACACCAAGCUCAAACUGCAAAUGAACCAGGAUGCCCGGAUUCCAGUCAAAAACAUUGUCCGCAUGUUCUCCUCUGACCGGAAGCGAGUGGAGACGGCGCUGGAUUCCAGCGGGCUACCGUCCGUCCGGGGUGAUUCUAUUCCUGUUGAAGAUUUCAGCCCGGAAGCUUUCAGGACAUUUGUGACUAAUAUUGGACCUCGACCAGAAAUCGACCAUAUCUUUUCUGAGUUUGGAGCCAAGAGCAGACCGUACCUAGUGGUUGACCAGAUGACGGAGUUCAUCAAUACCAAGCAACGGGACCCCCGUUUGAAUGAAAUCCUCUACCCUCCGUUGAAACAAGAACAAGUUCAGCAGCUCAUUGAGAAAUACGAACCCAAUAUUACCCUUGCAAAGAAAGGGCAGAUCUCAGUGGAUGGCCUGAAGCUAUAUCUGAGCGGCGAUGAGAAUAGUGUCGUCGCCCCUGAGAAACUGGAUCUGAGUGAAGACAUGACGCAGCCUCUAUCCCACUAUUUCAUCAACUCCUCCCACAACACCUACCUUACAGCGGGCCAGCUGGCUGGCCAGUCCUCGGUGGAGAUCUACCGGCAGGUGCUACUGUCGGGCUGCCGUUGUGUGGAGCUGGACUGCUGGAAGGGCCGCACUGCAGAGGAGGAGCCUGUCAUCACACAUGGCUUUACCAUGACCACUGAGAUCUCCUUCAAGGAAGUGAUUGAGGCGAUAGCAGAGACUGCGUUUAAGACAUCACCUUACCCUGUGACACUUUCAUUUGAAAACCAUGUGGAUUCUCCUAAACAACAGGCGAAGAUGGCGGAGUAUUGCCGGGCAAUCUUUGGCGACAGGCUGGUGAUGGAUGAGUUGGAGAAAUACCCGCUGGAGCCAGGCGUGGCGCUUCCCAGUCCCCAGGAUCUAAUCGGUAAAAUCCUCAUUAAGAAUAAGAAGAAAGGACACAAGUCGUCUGAUGGGAGCAAAAAGAAGCUGUCAGAACAGGCGUCCAACACCUACAGUGACUCCUCCAGCGUGUUCGAGCCCUCGUCCCCAGGAGCAGCCUCCACCAACCCAGAGAUGCCAGACAUCAGCCAGACCCCUGCUGAGUCAGGAAAGGAGACAGCCGAGCAGAAAGCUCCUGGGAGAAAAUCCAUAGGAGAUCCGGAUGCAGAAAGUGAUGAUGACGAGGAUGAGGAUGAGGAUUCUAAAAAGUCUUCAAUGGAUGAGGGAACAGCAGGCUGUGAAGCGAGUGCCACUGAGGAAAUGUCUAACCUGGUUAAUUACAUCCAACCUGUGAAGUUCGAGUCCUUCGAGGCUGCAAAGAAGCACAACAAGGCGUAUCAGAUGUCAUCCUUCGUGGAGACGAAAGCGCUGGAGCAGUUGACCAAGUCUCCUGUGGAGUUUGUGGAAUACAAUAAAAGGCAGAUGAGCCGCAUUUACCCCAAGGGAACCCGUGUGGAUUCCUCCAACUACAUGCCUCAGGUCUUUUGGAAUGCCGGCUGUCAGCUCGUAGCACUCAACUUCCAGACACUGGACCUGCCGAUGCAGCUGAACAUGGGAAUGUUUGAGUACAACGGGAAGAGCGGUUUCCGCCUGAAGCCAGAGUUUAUGAGACGUAACGACAAGCACUUCGACCCCUUCACUGAGAGCACUGUGGACGGCAUCGUCGCUAAUACCCUCUCCGUCAAGAUAAUUUCAGGGCAGUUUCUUUCGGAUAAGAAGGUGGGCACGUACGUGGAGGUGGACGUGUUUGGGCUUCCCGUGGACACCAGACGCAAAGCUUUCAAAACAAAAACAUCCCAGGGAAACGCGGUGAAUCCUGUCUGGGAUGAAGAGCCAAUUGUGUUUAAAAAGGUGGUGCUGCCGUCCUUGUGUUCAUUGAGGUUAGCUGUCUACGAGGAAGGCGGUAAAUUCAUCGGCCAUCGGAUCCUGCCUGUUCAAGCUCUCCGUCCAGGUUAUCGCUAUAUCUGUAUGAGGAAUGAAAAGAAUCAGCCACUGAUGCUUCCCUCUGUCUUCGUGUAUAUCGAGGUGAAGGAUUAUGUUCCAGACACUUUUGCAGAUGUGAUCGAGGCCCUGUCUAACCCGAUCCGCUAUGUGAACCUGAUGGAGCAGAGAGCCCAGCAGUUGGCGGCUCUCACUCUGGAGGACGAGGAAGAGGACAAGAAAGACGCUGAACCUGGGGAAAUCGCUAUGGAGCCAAGUAAUGAGCCGAAACCGACGACAGACGAGAAUGGGGUGAGCCCCACACCUGCCCAGACCCCCAAACCUGCCGGGCCAGCAGCCCAACUCCAGCCAGCGCCAGCGUCAGUGAAAAGCCCCCCGGGAAAGGCAGAAGAUCUCAUUCAAAGCGUCCUGUCAGAGAUGGAAGCCCAGACCAUUGAGGAGCUAAGGCAACAGAAAGGGUUUGUGAAGCUACAGAAGAAACAUUACAAAGAGAUGAAGGAAUUGGUGAAGCGACAUCACAAGAAGACCAGUGACCUGAUCAAAGAGCACACAGCCAGGUACAGCGAGCUACAGAGUGAAUACAUGCGUCGCCGAGUCCUGCUGGAAAAAUCGGCAAAGAGAGAUGGUAAGAAGAGGGUGGAGUCGGCAAGUCCAGAGCACCCAACAUCGGCUGCUGAGCAGGAGCUUACUGUGCUCGACGCAGAAAUAACCCAGAAAUCGGCGGAGCUGAAAGAACAGCAACAGGAGCAGUUGCUGAGUGUGAGGCAGGAGCAGUAUUACAGCGAGAAAUACCAGAAACGGGAGCACGUUAAACAGCUGGUACAGAAGUUGACAGAGGUCUGUGAGGAAUGCCAGGCCAACCAGCUGAAGAAACUCAAAGAGCUUUGUGAAAAGGAAAAGAAAGAGUUGAAAAAGAAAAUGGAUAAAAAACGUCAGGAGAAGAUCACUGAAGCCAAAUCAAAAGAUAAAAAUCAAAUGGAAGAGGAAAAGACUGAAAUAAUCCGUUCAUAUAUUCAUGAGGUAGUGCAAUCUAUAAAGAGGUUGGAAGACGCUCAAUGCAAGAGACAAGAGAAACUGGUUGACAAACACAAUGAAGUCCGUCAGCAAAUCGUGGAUGAGAAAUCAAAGCUGCAGAGCGAGCUGGAUCAGGAAUACCAGGACAAGUUCAGGAGGCUCCCCAUGGAAAUCCAAGCGUUUGUGCAGGACACCCUGAAAGGGAAGUGUAGCGAGGAGAGUGAGCAGGGCAGCGCACCCCUAGCUGUACCUCCCGACAGUGGGAAAUCCAGUCACAGGCCGUGCUCAAACCAAGAUGAUUCCGAAGAGAAGUCAGAUCAAGUAUUUGACACUUCACUUUAAAUUCCACCAUGGAUUCUGCUGUCCUUUAUUCUGCUGCAUUGGGGGGAGGGAGAGGGGAGGUGCUAAACAGAGGCUGUGGGCAGGUAACGUGACUGUGUGAUUGAGUGAGUGAGUGUUACAGAGAAGUAAACACUCAGUGUAAGGACUGUGUGUGUGUGUGUGUGAGGGGGGUAUGGAUGUGCAUGUUCUGUCCUGGUGUGAACACUCAGUGUAAGGGCUGUGUGUGUGAGGGGGGUAUGGAUGUGCAUGUUCUGUACUGGUGUCAGUAGCGAAAUUAAUUGUGCAGGCCUGCACUUGAUUUCUCAAAGAAAAGUGGGGAGGGUGGGGGGUGUGGGUGGUUGAGAUCUACUUAAUAGAAGCAUCUCGACAGCCAAUUAAUUAAUCCGUAAGACUGCAUGUGCACUAUUGGUGGUGUGAGACUUGAUGUGAGCACAGUUUGCCUGUACACUUUUCACAUUGCAUUGCUACUUCAUGAAUGCUGCUUACUUUGAAUGGGAGAAGUCCUAAACUUUUUAUAUAUAGUUUUUUUUUGUCCAGUUCUAAAGGGAAGUGAGUUCAGGGAUUACCUACCUGCAUGAUGGAAAGUCUUGAAACACUGGAAUCAUUGAAAUGUAACUGUAAUAUUGUGAAGUUUGUACUGUGGUUGUAACUUUGAAGUAACUUUGCAGGUUUUUUAAAAAAAGUAUUUGACUUCUGUGUUGUGGACAAAUUUCAAAUUAUCAAUGGCUUAGAAUUUCUUUUUGUAAACCGUUUCCAGAGCAGAAAUUCAGCCCAUCCUCAUUUCCAACGGCUGAAACGUAACAUCAGAAGAUGUUUACAGCUCGGAAACAUAUGUAAGAUGAUUUUUUUGAACAAUACAAAAAACAGUUGUAAAUAUCAAGAGAGAACGAGAGAGAGAGAAACUGGGAGUCAAAAGUGUAUUAAUGUGCAUUAAUGUGUAUCUUGCCUUGUAAUCAAGUUUAAUUCAGAAAGUGGGGUCGUUUAUGAUGUUUAAAUGACUGCUGGUGCUUUAUCAAUCAGCAGUGAAUUGAGAAGUGACUGAUUGUGAUUGUUAUCAGGCCCUGUCUGCUUUCCCCUGUGCCUGUGAGUUAGCAAUGACCGAUCACACUCUCAGCUUUACAGUGGUAAAGAGGGCAGGGUCAAUUUGAUGAUACUAAUAUUUAAAGUCAUUGCUCAUUGUUCAUCACUGUUCCUACAAAUGCCUAAAAAACAAGCUAAACACUAAGCUAUUUGCAGUGAAGUGGAUCAUUACCUUGUAGCGGUCUGCAGUGAGAUUAUUGUCUGUGUGAUCAUUGUCAACGUUUUACACAAACCUGUCUACAAACAACUUCUUUAUUUUUAUAUGACGACAAACCAGUUUUGACGAGGAGCUCGCCAAGGCCAGGCGUUUGUAAAUGGAGCUUUUGUUUUGUUUGUUUUCAAUUGUUUUUACUUUUUAAUUCAAACUUUUUAGUUGCAGGUAGUUUGCAAAGAUGCGGUUAGUUUUAUUGUAUUGGGUCUGCCUCGGUGGCUCAGUGUCCGUCCUCUGUAUCUGUUUAACUUUUACUUGAAUUCGAUUUGAUAAACCUAAACUCAGUGAUGAGGGCGUGUGUGGUGUGAGUCUUGUGCCUUUGAGAUGUGUUUGCCUUGUGUCUAAGUGGAAAUUGCAGAGUAUUCAGUAUUGUGGACGUGUGUGUGUGUGUGUGUGUGUUUCUGGGCUGUUCCGAUUCUGAACAAUGCUGUUUGCCACACUUUAUCAUGACCUCAGAAGCGCGAGGACAAACGGUGGUGUUCAGCGGUUAACAAAUGCAGGUCAUUGUUACACCAGGACAGACAGCAACACUGUAUUCUGACAUCUUACAUCAGAUAAAACAACAACAAACCGAGUGAAAAAGUCGCCAAGUCUAAUCAUCAAUUAUCACAGAAACUGGAAGGCCAGUGAUGGGAUCAUUGUUGAAUUGUGUUUUUUUGACUGUAUCCUCUGUGUGAUGGGAAGCCAGUGGAGUUGGGUGAGGAUGGGGGUGAUAGGGUCGCGGAACCUGGUGCAGGAGAGGGCACAGGCUGCAGAGUUGGUUGACUGUGGGACAAAGGGAAAUUCCUUGGCUCACGUAAUAAACAAUGUAAAUAAAGUCUUUACCAAUGAUGAAUUGUCCUGAAAAAUGCAUAAUGGAAUUUUGUAUGAACUCUAUGCAAUUUUGUGGCAUGAUGUUUCUUCCACUGGUAAAUUUCUGUGUGUUCAUUACAGUUACAAAGGUGAAAUAAAACUUAUUUGAACAUG